AUGCGAAUGCUGGAGGCCCAGCACAAAGACUCACAACCAACCCAGAUUCCGAAGAGCAAUGGGAUUCCGAAAGAGAACGAUCGCGUAGAACUUUCGGCAUCAAGCUCAUCAACUUCACAGGAAACUUCGCAGACGAAUGGCCGUAAGCGGGCGUCCUUCUCAGAAUCAGACACGUCGCGACUCAGCAAACGAGCGCAGCGCGAUGACUCAUUGAGAGUCAAUCGAAAUCUUUCGAUUGCUACAUCUAGAACAUCCGAACGAAGCCAUCGAGAGGACGAGGAAGACGAGGAAGACGAGUAUGGCAGGGAGGAAAUGGAAAAUUCUCAGCCCCCCUCCAAUCCACGCAUCCGAAAGUCAACAACUUCCCAGAGAACAACAAACUAUAAACCUCUAAAUCUAUUGCAAUUCUUCCUCCGAACGCUCCCGGGAGAGCGAUUGCUCCCAUCGACGGUGAGGUCGUAUAACCGCCGGCAUAAAGACGACGAUGGAGAAAAAAGAUCUAAACCUUCCAAAACUUCCUCAAAAGCUGCUGACCAACGUAAGAAGGCCAAGGUACAGAAGAACGCGCCAAAAUCUAACGUUAGAGUUCUUUCGGACGACGAGGAACAAAAUAUGGACAGGCCUGUUCGUACUAUCCCGAGAAAGACUAUACCGGACGUUGCCGGCAAUGCGACAUCCAAAGAACCUAAACACAACCAACCUGCAGUCGCUCAAAAAAUUCAAAUCAAGUCUUCACGAAAACACCCGCCUCCAAUGUUACUAACUAGCCCUGUCGAAGAACCCGAAGAGUAUGCAGAAAUCCCAAGCCCCGUUGACGAUCGAUUGCAAUUCUUCCGAAAUGUAUCGGUGUUUCCCAACACAUCACCACCCCCUUUCUCAUCGCCCCCCCAAAAUAACGAACCGAACGCAGGGGGCGACGAUUUGGGCGAUAUAGAUCAAUUCCACAUAAAGAUUGGGAGGCAAAAGCAUCCAUUCGCUAAAGAUAUCGACUACGAUGAAUUCGAGAAUGAGCUAGACAACAUAAUUAUAGUGGAGGAAGACGAGAUGCGUGCAUACCGUCCAACCACUGGAACCAAAAAACAGCGUGAAUGGAAACCUUUAUCAUACCCGGUUGAACUAACAAAGCUGAUCGAGGAGCAUGGUGACAUCGAUAUCGAAGUGAAAGUGUUCAAAAAGUCAAAGUUUUACGCAGAACCAGGGGAGGAAAACGGUUCUGAGGAAGAGAGUGCAUCGGACGAGGAGAAAGGAGAAGACAACAGUGCAUUGGAAAUGGUUGGCUCUUUACAAAUCUCACAGCGAGGCAAGUCGUUCAAGAUUUCAAACAUGUGCUAA